CUACAGCGGACGGGAGCCGGUCGGCUGAGGGCAGCGCGCAGGGUCGCGGGUGGAGGGGUCUCCGGCCCUCCGAGGGCCAGGCGGCGGUGGCAGCUCCGGGAGGGAGGUUCGGGCCGAGGCUGAGCCCGGUCCCGGGGCCUCAGUCCUGCCGCUGCUUUUCUCCGGGGCGGCGCGGCCCGGCCUCGAGGGGUGAGUGCGAUUCUGGUGAGCUCAGGUAGCACCAGGGUAGCCGCUUCCCGGCCCCGGCGCGGGGCUCGACAGCCGCCAGCGGCGGGGGCCAGGACUCGGCGCCGCUCCCGCGCUGCCCGCCGGGGUGGGCGAGACCCGCGGCUGGCACGGAUGACCUCCUGCGGGCGGCCGGGGGCUGCUGGCCAGGACGGAUCCAUGAAAACCAGGUGAGCCCUCUGCUGAGGGAACGAACACUCUGUGCUUCCAGGUCAGGGAAACAUGUCCCGUCGGAAACAGACCACUCCUAACAAAGUUCACUGGAUUGUAAGAAGAGAAACUGAGCUCUGUGCGUCAGGGGAGCUGGCUGUGUCCUGGCAUGGCAGGACAGGGAUAGGCUUGAACAAACAACUGAUGCUGUAAAGGGUCCGGACUCGCAUCAGCAGGUACAAGAGGCUGGUGUUGCAGAGUAGGCAAGCAGAGAGGUUACUUAAAUGCUUUCUGAGAGGUGACUUCAGAGGUUCUGCACAGCGCAGGGGAACAAGUCUUUGCAGGGCUGGAGGAGCAAGCCCGCCAAGCCAUGAUGAAAAACAACUUUCCUGGAGCUCUUGGGGACCAAAGGCCAGCCAUUCAUCCACUGCAAGACCCCGACUCCAGCAGCAGUGGCAGUGAUGAUGAGGAAACCACCCAGGAUGAAGUUUCUUCCCAUACAUCUGAGGAGGAUGGCUCAAUGGUGAAAGUGAAGAAAGAAUUAGAAAAUGCAGAACAACCUGUGGCUGGAACCCCACUGAUGAGAGAAAAUGAGGUGCCGGAGAGUUUGAAUGCUGACCCUAUGGUGGGACUGUCACAGUGCCCCCUCUGCCAGAUGGAGUGUGGAAGCAGAGAGCAGCUUAUUGCUCAUGUAUACCAGCACACUGCAGCUGUGGUGAGUGCCAAGAGCUACAUGUGUCCUGUAUGCGGCAGAGCCCUCAGCUCACCGGGAUCCCUUGGGCGACAUCUCCUGAUCCACUCAGAGGACCAGCUGUCAAACUGUGCAGUGUGUGGAGCACGCUUCACCAGCCACGCCACAUUCAACAGCGAGAAGCUGCCAGAGGUGCUCAGUGCAGAUCGCCUGCCAGCACCACAGAGCGAGGGCCCCUCCAGUGUUGAGGGGAAAGACAUUGCCUUUCACACCCCUGUGUAUCCUGCAGGCAUCCUCCUAGUGUGCAAUAACUGUGCUGCUUAUCGUAAGCUGCUGGAGGCACAGACACCUGGCAUGCGAAAGUGGGCACUUCGUCGGCAGAACGAGCCCUUGGAAGUGCGGCUGCAGCGCCUGGAGCGGGAGCGUACGGCCAAGAAGAGCCGGCGGGACAAUGAGACACCUGAAGAGCGGGAAGUGAGGCGUAUGCGGGAUCGAGAAGCUAAGCGCCUGCAGCGCAUGCAAGAGACAGAUGAGCAAAGGGCACGGCGGCUGCAGAGAGACCGGGAAGCCAUGCGACUGAAACGUGCAAAUGAGACCCCAGAGAAACGACAGGCCCGGCUCAUCCGGGAGCGUGAGGCCAAGAGGCUCAAGCGGCGCCUGGAGAAAAUGGACAUGAUGCUCCGGGCACAGUUUGGCCAGGACCCCUCUGCCAUGGCUGCUUUGGCAGCUGAAAUGAACUUUUUCCAGCUGCCAGUGAGCAAUGUGGAGCUGGAGAGCCAGCUGCUGGGCAAAAUGACCUUUGAGGAGCAGAGCAACAGUGCACUGCAUUAAGCUACAGCCAAGGACUGUGCCACUUCUGCUGCACCUGCCACAGGUGCACUAGCAGCCUUCGACAUUCAGGAGGCUGCUGUGGGUCCCUGGCUGACUCUCCCUGACAGAUGGUUCUGGAUUUCUCCUGGAAAUAGGAGAAUAAUGGAGCUGAGAGAUGUCUGCCAAAGUAGCUCUGGUGGGAGCAGAUUCUGAGGAUACAGACUGCUCUGGGGGCCAAGUCACAGCCUGUGAACAGAGAGAAAAUAAAUUAAUGCUCACA